GAAAAACGCGAUACAAAAAAGUUUGCAUCUUCAUCUUCUUUCUUUUUCUUCUUUUAUAUUUUGUAAAACCCUAAACAAUCAUAACACCCGAAAUCAAUCAGACCGAUCUCCUUAUAUCAUUCCCCCUCAAAUUAGAUUAAUUCCAUAAAAUAAAAUCAAACCCUUAAUUCUUGUUUCCCCAAAUCCCAUAAAUCUUUUAAUCAAUUUCCGAUUUUUUGUUCAAAGUUUCAUCCUUUUUCAUCUCCUUUACAAAACCCAGAUAUUUCUUGGAUCAAUUUUGAUAAUUUCAUCAUAAAGUUUGAAUCUUUUUGAAAAAAUAAAUUAGGGUUUUUAAAAAAAAUAUAAUUUGUAAGGCUGGCGGGUGUAGAGGUGAUGUAAUGGCGGAUCGGCCAGGUGUCCGCCAAGUUUUGAGAUUUCUUGAAUUAGCAUUUGGGUUUCAUUUUGAUAGAAAAUUUAGUUGUUAUUUUUGUGAUUCAAAGAAAGAAUGCUGAGUGUGCUUAGAGUGCACCUUCCGUCCGAAAUUCCGAUUGUGGGUUGCGAGUUGUCGCCUUACGUGCUUAUUCGACGUCCUGAUCAGACUGUUUUUACGGACGAUGUACCGGAAUCUUUACCUAUUGAAGGACAUUUCUUGAGAUAUAAGUGGUACCGCAUACAAAAUGAUAAAAAAGUUGCCAUGUGUAGUGUACAUCCAUCUGAGGUAGCCACUUUACAAUGUUUAGGAUGCGUAAAAGCGAAAAUACCAGUUGCUAAAAGCUAUCAUUGCACGCCAAAGUGUUUUUCUGAUGCCUGGCAACAUCAUCGUGUUCUUCAUGAACGUGCUGCUAGUGCUGUUAAUGAAAAUGGAAAUGAAGAAGAAGAGAUUUUUGGACGAUUUAACAAUAAGAAUAAUAAUAGUCAAAGCUUAUCUAGUUCACAAUCUCUCCCGAGUCUUACGAAUGGUACGGCACCUUUAUAUCCUGCAGCUGUGACACAAAGGAACGGUGGCGAAACGUGGUUUGAAGUUGGGCGUUCUAAAACUUAUACACCAACAGCUGACGACAUUGGUCAUGUUUUAAAGUUUGAAUGUGUGGUGGUGGAUGUAGAAACGAAAUCACCCGUAGGACCGUCAAGUACGAUAUUAACAUCACAUGUGAUCUCAGCUCCAACUCCAAGUCCAAGGCGGCUGAUCUCUGUUAGUAACACUGACGUAACAGGGAAUCUGGAUUUGGAUGGGCGGCUUUCAUCCACAGGAACUUUCACCGUGCUCUCGUAUAAUAUACUAUCUGAUUCUUCCACGAGUGAUUUAUAUAGUUAUUGCCCUCCUUGGGCUCUUUCUUGGCCUUUCCGUAGGCAAAAUUUGUUACGGGAAAUUGUUGGCUAUCGAGCCGAUAUUGUUUGUCUUCAAGAGGUUCAAAAUGAUCACUUUGAAGAUUUUUUUGCCCCCGAGUUGGACAAACAUGGCUAUCAAGCUCUAUAUAAGAAGAAGACAGCUGAGGUUUUUAAUGGAAGUAUAAUGACUAUUGAUGGAUGUGCUACUUUCUUUCGCAGAGAUAGAUUUUCGCAUGUCAAAAAAUAUGAGGUUGAGUUUAACAAAGCUGCACAAUCUUUAACCGAUGCUUUAGUUCCUAGUGCUCAGAAGAAAACCGCUCUAAAUCGGCUUGUUAAGGAUAAUGUUGCACUGAUUGUUGUUCUAGAGGCAAAGUUCAGUAAUCAGAGUAUCGAUAAUCCAGGAAAACGGCAACUCGUUUGUGUGGCAAACACUCAUGUCAACGUUCAACAAGAAUUAAAGGAUGUCAAAUUAUGGCAGGUUCAUACUCUGUUAAAAGGUUUAGAAAAGAUUGCAGCCAGUGCAGAUAUACCGAUGUUAGUUUGUGGGGAUUUUAACUCGGUUCCGGGAAGUGCUCCUCAUACACUUCUAGCAGCUGGGAAAGUUGAUCCAAUGCAUCCAGAUUUAGCGGUGGACCCUCUUGGAAUUUUGCGGCCUGCCACCAAAUUGACUCACUCGCUGCCAUUGGUUAGUGCAUACUCUUCCUUUGCUAGACCUGGGGGUGGUUUUAGUACUGAGCAACAAAAGAGGAGAGUGGACCCUGCCACAAAUGAACCAUUAUUUACGAAUUGCACACGAGAUUUCAUUGGUACCCUUGAUUACAUAUUUUACUCGGCGGACAGCUUGAUUGUGGAAUCGCUGUUGGAGCUUCUUGAUGAGGAUCGCUUGAGGAAAGAUACAGCGAUUCCUUCUGCUGAAUGGUCCUCUGAUCACAUUGCACUCUUGGCUGAAUUUCGUUGUUGGAAGCCUCGAACAAAGCGUUGAUGCAUUUUAGGUUUGGUCGAAGAGCAAAAUCUUGGAGAUAGAAGUCAAAAGAAAGCAUUGGACAAAAGUUAAAAAACCUGUAAGAGCAGUAGAUCGAUAGCUGUCAGAUGAUCUACUCUGUAUCAUGCUACUACCCUUGUCCCAUAUACACAUUUUAUUCCUUUUCGUUUUCUUCUUUCUUUUAAUAGAAAGAUAAUUGAAACAAUAUCCGGGUUCAAUAUAAUAGCUACGAGUAUAUUUUUCUUUCUUU